ACAUUCCUAAUUUAUUCCGUGCUGCAUCGUAGUAGGUGAAGGACAUUAGUAUCCUAGCCAACAGCGAAAGCAGCAACCGGGUGCAUACCGUGUGUCAAUCAUUAACACGAAAUAGUGUUGCUGCUUCGAUCCUCGGGGUUCUCAGGGGGUGAAUAAGCUCACGUACGCGGUUGCAUUUAUUCUGUCCGAACACAUUGCGCACAGAACAUGCCGCAUUGAGCAUACCGGCAAAAAAACACAUCGAAACGGAACCAGCAGGCAAAGGAACCUAUCGGUGUUUCGCUUUAUUCUACAACUGUCAGUCGAUUGUCAAAGAAAUGGGACCUUCGUAGCAGCAGCAGCAGAAAAAAAGUCGAAGGCAAAAACAUAACACACACACCGUGUGCUGGAGGGAGGAAAAUAUGUUUCCAAAUUGUCCGCAUCAAGCGUAGAGUGGGAUUCAUCGUUAUCGUGUUAUCGUGGUAGGCAACAUUUUCAUCAACCAUUCAACCGAUUAUACAAAAAGGAACUGAUACGGAUAUGCACCGGAGUCGGUAAUCAGGGGGGCAUUACGGAAGAACUCCGGAACCACCGGACCAAGAAACCAGAUUGAAGCUGAAUGGUUUAAAGUCCCUUUAACAGCAACACAAACAUCGGAAUCGGAUCGACCCGGUCGAACAAUUAAUGUUCCUUAACAGGGGAAUGUGUACUUGUGUUUCGUGGCAGACUGUCCUGUCGUGGUGAGUGGUGGUGAUUAGUUUGCCCAUCACGGCCUCAUCUCUUCCAGCCGAUGUUAACAGUUUGGUGCUAAAAAAAUUCAAGAAAAAGCACAGAACCUCCAAGAUGAGUACGCUAUUUGCACGCGUAUUCCGGCAAGCUUGGGCCACAUUCGAGCACACGGGUGCGUCCGAUGCAAAGUUUGCCACCAAUCUGCACGCCCUGCACCGUCUAGUCAGUCAGCUUACUCUCGCUGACAUCGGUCUGGAACCGUCGCUCGUCGCCACGGAAACGUUCCAGCAGCCGUCCAAAGCACCCUGCACCUAUGUCGGUGUGUUCGAGAACAAUCGGUUCGCGAUGUCGGUGUUUGUGCUGCGGGAAAACUACACCAUGCCGCUGCACGACCAUCCGCAGAUGCAUGGCCUGCUGCGGGUUGUGUCCGGUGCGGUACAAAUCUGCAGCUACAGUGAGGUGGCACGACGCGAUACGGUAGAGCCAAAGGAUGGAACACUGCGACGGCACGUACUGGUCGUAGCGGAGCCGGAAAAAAUUAUCAGCUCGGCGGCUGGUGACUGUGCCGUGCUGACACCGACCGAGCGUAAUUUCCACGAAAUAACGGCGAUCGGUGGACCGGCUGCAUUCUUCGACAUACUGAGCCCACCGUACAAUCUGUCCAGUCAGCCGCAGUACUAUUUCUACCGGAAGGUGCCCGUACCGCGCCAUUUAGCCGAAAUGGAACCGCUCGGAUUCGGUGGACCGAAUACACCGUCUGCCCAGGAAGAUGAGCGGCCACGGUACGUGCUGGAGACGAUUCCCAACCCGGAACACUACUACUGUGAUACGGUGCAUUACAUCACACCGGAGUUUAUGUAUCAUCCGGAGGGCAGCACCACGUCGGAUGUAAACGUUUAGAACCGUUUCCUCCUCCUGGGAGCGGGGGACAAGCAGCAGUCGUGCGAUAGGAGCGACUGUUUUUAAAUAGUACUUUUGCUCGGAUUGCUUCGAUUGCACCUGUGUUUUGUUGAGUUUCUUUUUUUUUAAUUUGUUAUUUUGUUUUAUUUCCGUACCUAGCGUAGAACGUGUGUCUCUCAGGAUGCAACGAGAUGAGCAGGUAGAGUUUCUGAACCAUUUUAGAAUGGUUGGGGAUGGUUUGCUUCGUAUGAAACCACCCGCACAAAACAAUUGCACGCAAUUCAUAGCGUAUCGUAUCGUAGUCGAGCUGUAGAAGAGCAAUAACCAUGCAUUUGCAAGCUAUAAUGUUAAAUAAAAACCAAAAUUUAAUGCUA